UUGUCUUUUUAUUUUAAGGUGAAGGUCGAUAUGGGCGAAUAUUUCUUUAAAAAGAAGAAUAAAGCACUAAAAUCUGCAAGCACAGACACAUUGUUUUAUUAUUUUACAUAAAUUAAUAUUAAAUUCAUGAGAAUUGUUUGAUUAAGUAGGCGAUUUUUAUGAAUUUUAAUUAUUUUGAAAAUUACAUACUCUUUAGUGGAGGGUAAUUUACCCGCAAGGUCAAGGCUGCACCACAGUACAAGUUUAAAUAUCAACAUUGACUGAACAUGGCUUUAAAUAAAUUAAGACCGCUUGGCAGACUAAUGCGAUCUGUUUCUAAUCCAGUAUGCAUGCCCAAAUCCCUGCAUCUGACAGCCAUACCUGCUCAAAAAUGGAAAAUUGGCAAGAUUAAUCACAUUGCCAUAGCCACUCCAGAUAUUGAAAAGACCGCUGCUUUGUACCGUGAUGUUUUGGGAGCCAAAGUCAGUGCAAAGCAUCCACAGCCUGAACAUGGCGUGUACACAGUGUUUGUGGAGCUGGGGGAUACCAAAAUAGAGCUCUUGAAUCCAUUAGGGGAGAAUAGUCCAAUCCAAAACUUCUUGGAUAAGAAUAAGAGUGGAGGAAUGCACCAUAUAUGUUUGGAAGUAGAUGACAUAAAGGCUGCCAUGGCAGACCUGAAAGCCAAGAACAUUCGUCUCCUAAGCAACGAGCCCAAGAUCGGGGCCCACGGAACCGUAGUGUUUCUCCACCCCAAGGAUUGCAAUGGCACUUUGGUGGAACUGGAGCAAGUAUAGAAGAGGAGUGUAAUAAUUACAGCCUUUAACAUGGAUCACUUUGGGACAAUAUUUCCUUGAAUGUGAGAUGAUAUCUGAUUUACCAAAAUUUGUAUCAAACCCUUCUUGUUUUUAAGGUAUUCUAUACAGGGCUUUGUGAAGAAAAUAUUCCUGCUGAACAAAACCUUCUUUAUCUCAAUGAACAUAUGCGAAAACUGGGCUUAAUGCAUGUAGUGUCGUUCCUAGAAUAGCAUGUGCAUUGCACAGAGGCUAAUCAGGGACGACACUUUCCACUUUUAUGAAAUGUUAUGUUUAAAUGACGUCACUUCUAAACAUAAAUCUUGUCUAGACGGAAAUAGUCGUCACUUUACGCACAUGCAUUAAGGCCCUUUUUUCUAGAGCGCGGCUCAAAUAUACAUAGCCUGCAGUGUGACAGAGUGACCCCACUAAUUAAUCAGAUGUUUGUUUUGUGAUUUGACACUUCCGUAGCGUGACUUUGGUGCAUUGUUUAUUUUUCUUACUCUAAUAUAACUCAGGGAGAUGGAAUUCAAUUCUACAUGGUUGUUUUAUAGUCUCCAAUAAAUAUGUAUGCCAAAACAGACUGCAUGUGUAAGCUGUCUCGACAUCGUGUUGUCGAAUGAAAAUCUCAGCUAUUAAAAAAUAUUUUACAAGUGUUAUUAUUUUACUAUGUUGAAAGAAACUUUCUCUCACUGAUAGUUAUAACGUGAUAGUAUUUGUUAUUAGUUAUGAUAUUAUUGGUGAAAUAUAUGUAUAUACUUA